AUGCUUUCUGCUGUGGCCUUACUGUUGGUAUCUCUGAUCUGCUCCGCACAGUCAUGUUCAUUGCACAGACGAUAUCAACAUGACUCGUUCCAAUUCCCCCAAGACUUCACGAACAACUCAAUAACGGCACACCCUGGUCACGAGCUCCUGAAACGCUGGUACGGAGUAAAGACACUUCCAGCACCAGGAGCCGACCAAAGCUACCUCUCUCCAUACUACUACCCCUGGCCCGUGACAUGCAGCUCGCCAAAAGUCGUGCAGCCAAUUCGGUACUGCUUCAAAGACAAGCGGUCGGCGAAGAACCUCCAGGCCGUGGUCGAUCGAUCCAUCGCUGCAUGGUCUCAAGCAACACUCGUCUCAUCCCUCGCAAUCACCGUCGAGCCCACUUGUCGCGACAAGAACAUGUGUAUUUGCUCGGGUUUAGGUGUAGCCAAGGACGCGUUGAUGAUAUCAGAUGAGACGAUCGACGGCAAUGAUGAAUGGAACCAUGGUCCAGAGUGCUAUACUGCUUCGACUGUUGGUUACAGAUAUGCUCCGAAAGGCCAGCCGAUUAUACCUCACCGACAUUACAUGAAAUUCUGUUCAUAUGCGCCUCAGUACAGCUGGGGUCAAUUCGAGGAAGCAGAGCGAGAUAUGGGUCAUGAAUGGGGUCACGUCAUGGGUUUACAGCAUGAACAUCAGCGGCCAGAUCGUAAUGAAUACAUUUAUUUCAAAUGCAAGAAUUUGAAAGGUUACGAACAAGCUUACGAGAAAGCUGAUAUCGAUGAAGAAGGCUGGUUUGAUGACGAUGACCAUGGAGAAGAGUUAUCAAUGAAGGAGAAAAUGUCUCGAAUUUGCAACCACGAACUAUACGCUUCAAAGUUCUUCCCCGCCGUCCUCGAGUACAUCCGCGGAGACGCCCAGCACAUGGACACCGUGGAGAGCCAAGCUAUCGUGAACAACAUGGUUAAGUCCGACAGAUUCGACUUCGAGAGUAUCAUGAUGUACGACGCCGACUUGAUGAGCAUAGAUAAAGCUGGCAAAAAGUACGUGCUCUUCAGACGCGGUCCAGGUGGUAGCGUUGGCGCGCCCGUUUGGAUGGGAGGUGGAGUCAACGGCGAUCUAAAGAGCACCAAGUUGUCCGAAGGGGACAUUGCUCGCGUCUCGAUGCUUUACGACUCUGGACACACCAAGGAGGAUGUUUCGUGGGGUCCGGUUCGGGUCAAGAUUGGCGGCAGAUUAGACGUGGUGGUACCCGCUCCUCGCAAGCGAAAUGAAUUGUGA